CAAGCCCACCGGGCUCUUUCGGCUUCGGCCGAGAGAUACAUCAAUGCAAUCAGCCGACGCCCUCAAUUCAUUCUUGUUUGGUUGGCGGUUGGCGGAUGCGCACACACUACACCGUUUGACCUCUGCCCGUCUCUUCUUCCCUACCACGCCACGCCACCCUUACACACGCACCAGCACCGCUCUAGGCCGCACGCCGCAGGCCGCAUCAGCUUGAGCGUCUAGGACUAGGAAGAGGUAGCAGCGUUCGAUGGCCGGCGACGACUGCGACAGCAGCAAGCCAAAGCCUCCGCCGCCAGCGGCGGAGGGUGCGGGCGAGGUCGUCGAAGGCCCCGUGGCUGCGGACAAGGCGCUGCACGCGCUGGGCUUCGAGUUCACCCGCAUCGGCGCGCGCGAGGUCGCCGGCCGCCUCCCCGUCACAGACACCUGCUGCCAGCCGUUCGGGGUGCUGAAUGGCGGCGUGUCGGCGCUGGUGGCCGAGUCCACGGCCAGCGUCGGCGCGUUUAUGGCGUCCGGGUACCGGCGGGUGGCCGGCGUGCAGCUGUCCAUCAACCACCUCCGCCCCGCUCGCCUCGGCGACGUCGUCCGGGCGCAGGCCGUCCCCGUCCAGCUCGGCCGCAGCAUCCAGCUUGUUCUGCUGGCAGGUGUGGGAGGUCCAGAUAUGGCGAGCGGACCCUUCCACAGGGGAGUGCAGAGAUCUGGUGUCAACAGCCAGAGUUACCAUGCUGAUAAUAACCAACCCAUCAAAACCAGAGGAGAUGUCGACUCACAAAGCAAGCAUCAAGAAAUACGCAAAGCUGUAGAGAGAGAGAGAGAGAGAGAGAGAGAGAGAGGACUACAAUUUACAUUACUAUUAUAUAUGAAAUAAAACCAACCGCUUUCACCUGUUUACACCUCCCAGUACUAGGAACACUAAACCAACAUCAUCUCCAGACAUUUCACUCUCCAACUAAUCGAUGCUCAAAGACGAACGAAGGACAUGUGUGUCGUUUCUUUUUGACAAUUGUGUCAGUGCCUCUGUUUUAGAGUAAAACUAUAGAUUAUUACCCUGUUUUUUAGACUUUGCAUUUUUGUCCCUAUUUUUUUUUUAAAUAAAACUGCUGUAUACCAUUAUUUCGUCAGUUAUACUUAAUGGUGUUAAGUGGGUGUUUGUCACUGCUCUGGGUUUCAACUUGAGCGUGAAGAUGAUAUGUUUGCAAUA